AUGUUUGGCGAAAACGAGUCCAUCUUCAUUGCCAAGAAUGGCAUAGCAAUAGUACUUUCCAUUUUAGAAAUUCGUCGUAAUCGAUACCGUUUACGUCGGGUUGGACAAGAAAACCGACUAGUUUAAAAUAAGGAGAUUUUUGUAGCUCCUCGAUUUCAUGUUAAGAUCUCAAAAUGCACUUUUAUAUUUGUAUUACAUUUCGGAAGCAACAAAUUCCCACUUUAAUUAGUCUCUGUAAUCUGAUCUGAGUAGACUAUUUUUGUGUUCUCUAUGGUUUUAUUUUUCGGCUCUGCAAACUGUUCAUAAAGCUUACAAUUAAUUUUUUAAUGUAUCUCAAAUAUAUCUUAUACGAUUCCCAUUUUAUUCAGUCUCCCGUAGUCCUGUAGAUUGAUAUGAGUAGACUAUUUUGUUUCCUCUACAGUUUUAUUUUUUUGGUUCUGCAAACUGUACAUAAAGCUUACAAUUAAUUUUACAGCUAUCUCAAAUACAUCUUACAGAGAUCAGUUUGUUGUGUUGUAUCCAGUCGUAUAUAAUUUUAGAUUAUAGAAAGAAUUUUGGAAUUCUAUAUAGGGCUUGUGAAUUGCGCUGAAAUGGCAGCUAAUUUUUGUAUCAGGUGUACCUAUAUGACUUCGCCUCAAUUCUUUUCUCCUCGUGAAUAAUGAAACUAUAUCUACAUAACAGCCUAUCCCAAGAUACGCGCUCUGCAACUUCUUUAAUCAAAUUCUUCACAGCUUCGAAUGAAACUAAAAAAAUUACCCUCAAAACCUAAAAAUUACCCUCAGGACAAGUUGGAUUUGAUCUUAUUUUACUAAUCAGAUUAGGUGAACAAAAUAACAUGUUUUACUUGUAAAUUAUGCCAAAGGAAAUUUUUACAGUGUUUAGAUAAAGUUGUCGACCAAUCAAUCAAUUUAAAACUCCUGUGAGACAACUCGUUUAGUGACAGCCUGUAGGUUCACUGCCUAACCACUUCAGCUGGCUCAUGUAUUCAACCCUUCGAGAGAUAAUUUGAACCAUUUUAAGCAACCCAGGCGUGGUCAGGCUUCCUGAAAACUCAGCGGGGCUCAGAAUGUAAAAAGGAAAGCAAAUCUGUUUCCUCUAAGAAGCUUUGGCGCGAUUGAACGGUGGGGGAUAGGGGCCGUUUUGUUUACGCAAAAUGAUAUAAUAAACCGCAAAUCAGGCACACGCGAUCUAGUUUUUUUAUCGUUUAGCCGACGAACUGCUGAAGGAUAAAUAAACUAGAAAAAUACACAACUUUGUGAAGGAGCUUAAAGUUGUAGAAUAUGUGAUCACGCUUUUGAUUCAAAAGGUAAGUCUUUCCUUGUUCCUACACUUCCUAACUAAUCCUUACAAUACUGAGAAAUCUCCAAAAUUCCAUGAUUAAGACCAGAGCCAAACGAAGGCCUAAAGACACACAAUUACCGAGUAAAAUCUGAAGGGUGAUGUGGCUGCAUAUCUGUAAAUAGACUUGUCCGAAAUGCUGUUCUCCUCUAAUUGAAAAUGCGAAAACUUAUGAAAGACGAAGGCAUGAUAGCUGCCUCAAAGCCGUUUCCAAGUUCAUUGAAUGCCAAGUUCAUUUCCCUCCAGAAUAACUUGCAACAUUUCAAUUCCGUCGAAGAGAUCUAAUGUUAUUUGGAAGGCCAGCUUUAAUAAGAGCUCUCUGUCUUCACUUUUCGUUUCAAAUGUGUUAAGCAACAGCAACAAAAGGAACGGAGUUAGGCAAAGGGUCAUCUUCAAGAGAUCCGGGCCAAAUAAAAGAACAAAUCCUUUUCGCUUUUGCCAUGGUUCGCCCCCUCCAAUUAUGGGCACAAAAGAAAGCCAUACGUACAGAGCUCAAACGGAAGAUACCCAGGUGAUGAGGUUGUCAUUGCAUACAACGAUAAAUCAGAGAGUCAAGGAUUGGAUGUAGAGAAGAAGUAACGCAUACCAGCCAUUUCGAUUUUCGUAGCGUGCUGGAUACGAAGCGAAGGAUAUAGACCGAAAGAUCAUCACGAUGAAGAAGGCAGUACGUGCAACCCAAGCCAACGGCGAACGAGCCAUUUUCAGACUCAAAUUGCUGUUGUUGUUGUAGCCUUAAGAGGACUGCUUAGACACUGAGAAACUCCGUUGACCUCUGAAUGAGGACUUUAAAUUGAUAAUCAACCUAAAGACGUGUCAUUUGAACCAACCUCCUCUGUUUCUCAGGAAAAAAAUUAUCAAAGACCAACGGAUCUCAAGUUUUUAUGGAAAGCCUAUCGACUUUAUGUAUCCCAUUAUCCAAAUUCCUACCGUUUCUGUCUCGCCAAACACGGGUAACAAAAUUACUAACCAACGAGGUCGUUUACAUGCAUAUUAUGCAUCGAUGUAUCCUUGCUCCACAACAUAUAUUACAAGCUUAGAUCGAUGCAACCGCAUGUUUCUUAAAGUAAAGCAGAAAUGAGUUUGCCCAAUACAGACGGCUUUUUCUUCUACUUUCCCAUUAAACAUUAACACUACUCAACCAACAUUGUUGGUUGACAAAGAAAUGCAGCGAUCGGAUAACGGACUAAAAGGUACCCAAGUUACGGUAAGACAUGAAAAAUAAGGCAGCUAAUAACAUUAAACUGUGGCUUAAAGAACAAUAGAAAAGUCAUCGGGCAAUAGCCAUGAUUUUUGGUAAAUAUUUCACGAUAUAAGACUUAGCUUGUUUUUCGUGUUCGUCCCUUGGUUUUUCGUUUCAUUUCCCAAAUUCACUCUGUGAGUUGGACCUUUCACCUUUCCUUAAGCCACCCAGUCUAUUCUUUAAAUUUCUUUAAAGAGUACCUAGUCUAGGUGCCAUUCUUAUUUUGCUCUCACCUCAUAAUGGAUAUGUUAAAUUCUACUUAAUUUUUGUUGUGGGGUAUUGGCAAUUAGGAAACUAUCCCUUAAAGUAACUAUGAAACCAGGUAAAAACUUAAGUCGUUUUUCCUCUAUCGUCUGAUGUAAUCGACACCAGAUUGAUUGGACAUCCAUGAUCAACUUUUGCGCUACCGCUCAGAAAAUAUUUAUACAAUUUUGAGGAGAAGAACCGGCAAUUUUACUUUUUGAUUAAGCCUACUGGCCCUAUGGGAGGCGCAAAAAUAACAACAACAACAAAAAGAAUUAUAGUACUUUAAUAUGUUUCAAAAAUGAAAAGACACGACAUCAGUUUUAUUACAUCCAUCUUGAAACCACUGGUGAUCCUUGUAGUCUGAUUGGCUCUCAUUGGUGCGAUUUAUUCACGAAAAGCCCCUUUUUUCUCCAAAUCGCAUCUUUCUCCCACCCAAUGAAAUUGAAAAACCACUCUUGCAGCUUUUUUAAGACCAGCUCACUGCUGGAUCAAAAAGCAUUUCUAUAGACUAAAAAGUACUGUAUCUGAGGAAGUGAAUUUUGCCAUUUUAAAAUGGAUGUAAGAAAGUGGUGUUUAAACUUAGUUUCGUGCAAUCAUACUUGUGAUUUCAAAUCAAACUCGUGCUGUACACUCCUUUGAUUUUGAAAUAACUAAUAUGCGCAUAUGGUUUCGGACCUAAUAAUAUAUGUAAUAAUGCCAAGAAAAUUUCGUGGAACCGAAAGGUCACGAAGGGCACACAUACGUGUAGAGCUUUUGAAUAAACUGGUCCUUUGCUUAUUUGUGUGACUUUACAGUCACCAUGCACCAUCCGUCGAAAAUCAUAAGCUAUUGCAGCAUUGGUUGAUUGGGAAUUUUCACGGGCAAAAUUUAGCGUUGAACAUGUAUUUCAUCAAAAGUUUACAACCGUCUAUAACUGUUCCUCUCAUCUUGCAAUAAACUCGGCAUUAACUUCUAACAAACGGGUUAUACGAAUUCACUCUAAUGGAUGAAUACAUAUGUAGAAAACUACUGUUGUAUAACAAAAGAAAACUUAGUCACCACUACCUCUUUCAUUUAGAAAAAGGAACGUCAAAUAUAUUAAAUUAUCCGGAUCACACGCACUAUACUGAUUACUAAAAAUCUAGUUUAGUAAUCGUCACAACCACAACACUCACAGAUUGAAAAUAUCUCAAAGAGACCACGGCCAAUGACAAUAGUAUUUUUAGCGAUAAAAAUGGAUGUAUCGGAACCUCCUAUCUUUAUCUCGACCAGUUGUAAUGGAGACACCAGAAAGCUGAUACAGACGAAUGCCCGCAUAUUUCUUUCGAAGCCUUUAGGAACGUUAUGGCUAAAUUCAUUCUCUUCGAUAAUGACAUCCAGAAUUUCCACUCCAUCGAAGAAAUCAAACACCAUUCGGAGAGACAACUGCUCUACCAGGUCUCGGUGAAAGGGGCAAUCCCUUCCCGUACUUGAAAGCAACGACAUAAUCACCAGGGCAAGGCAGAGUGUCAUCUUUAGAAUGUUUGGACCGAAGAAUUUCGCCUUGUCAAGGUUACUUCAAUCGGUUCGUAACCUCCAAAUAUGAUCACAACGAAAAUUACGAAACCAACAAUAUAGCACGUCUAAACAGUAAAUAACCACUGUAAUUUCUUUUUCGUCGAAAAUGAUGCAAAACCUUAGAACAAUUGCAGGACAGAACAGGGCGACCAAUCCAUACAAACCAUCUUUUUGUUUUGUAUUUUGCAGGAUACAAAGCCAGCGAGUAGGCCUGGAGGCCUGCUAAGACGAAGAAAAGGAAUUUGUUGAUAUAGAAUAAGCAUGAGGCCAUGAGAAAGAUAUUCAUUUUGAAAGGUUUUCCUACGAUAAGCGUUUCUUUAAGAAAGUCCAAUGACAAAUUUGAUACUAUAAUAAUUGCAUCGAAAUAAACUUUACGCCGAAUCCAAGAGAAUUUUCUAGAAAGCCCAAUACAACGAAGUAUUGUUUUCCGAGAAAAGCAGAUGCGAAUAAAUACAAAGAAAAAGCCAGAAUCGCUGGUUAGAGAAGCUACAUAGGAAUAUCAAGUCACCAGCAGCGACCAAACUACGUAUCCAAUCAGUCUGUGCAUCUGAGCUUCUGGAAUAUUCGGGUAAUUCACUUUUGCAUCGUUUGAUCAGGAUAGAUGUGGCGUUUCCUCAUUCGCUGCUAAAUAUACGAUAUCAAUUCCUAUAGCGGUAGUCAGCACAAUUUGCCUCUUCUACUUUCAGACAGCUGUCAGACAUAUAAAUAUGGCAUCCUCUUUAACAUGGCUCGGACGAUUCGUUUUCUUCGGUCUGAUAACUACACAGAGCAUGUUUCUAUCUGCUUAUCUCGCGAAGUAUGAGGGCAAAUCUAAUUGGUAUUUCAUGGCCUUUUCCUUAAGCCCAGCAGUUUUUGCUUGGAUUCUUGUUCUACGUUUCAAAUCGUUUCUACGUUUCAAAUCGCGGUACCUUGCUUGGCUCUUUCGAAUUUGGGGUCUGAAUAUUUUGGCUUUUGUUGUAAACAUCGCAAUGGUAUUAAGAAUCGUCGGGGAUAAAAUCAGCAAGACCGAGUUUUUAUGUCCAAAUGUAUUGAAGGUGAUUCUGUGCAUUACACCACUUCUGCUACUACUGUUGCUAAACACAGGCGAUCUCGAUGAUUCACACGAAAGUAAAAAAGGAAGAGAGAUUGUUUCCAAGCUAUGUUUCUCCAUGGCCGUCGAUCUGUUCGAUGGAAUAGAGAUGAUAUAUAUCGUGUUAGAGGAGAGAGAGUACGACUUCGGAAUACCCAAAGCAUUCAGUGCAGCAAUGAUCGCGUUGGCUAGCUUCAGUUUCAUCGUGUUGGUAAUUCCCUGGCAAAUGGUAGAAACGAAACUCACCGAAGAGUCAAAAAUUCUUGUCCGUACUGCAAUAUUUCACAAUAUUCUUCAAAUAGUUUGCGUAAAUGUACCAUUCUUGGUUAUUCGUGCGGUGGUGUACUCUAUGUUUGGCAAAGACGAGUCCAUCUUCAUCGCCAAGAAUGGCAUAGGAAUAGUACUUUUCAGUUUGGAAAUUGGUCGUAAUCUA